UUUCAAGAUCUUUUGAUUUUUUUUUUGGAGAUAUAGCUAAGCUACAGAUUUCAAAGUGAAAGCUCUCAAUAAAGGCAACUAAUUUUUAAGAAAAGAUAUUGGUAAUUCACUUUUACUACUACACUAGUUGCUUCUCAUCAUUUCCAUUUGCAAAUUUCAAAACCACCCACAUGACACACGAAAUAAACCAAUAUGUUAAGAUAUAUACUCUCAUUUGACCUUGUCGUUUUCUUGAAGAAAAGACUCCCCUUUUUGCCUAAAAUUUGAUUUCUUUUGCAUGGAUAGGGUGGUGGGUAAUCAAAGUGGAGGAAGUAGUAGUAGCAUGUUGAGGGAGUAUAGGAAAGGGAAUUGGACAGUCCAAGAAACAAUGGUUCUUAUAGAAGCAAAGAAGAUGGAUGAUGAAAGGAGAAUGAAAAGACAAGGAGGGGAUGGUAAUACUAGUAGUGAAAGAGGGAAUAUUAUUAAUAAACCAGGAGAACUAAGAUGGAAAUGGGUGGAAGAUUAUUGCUGGAGAAAUGCGUGUUUGAGGAGUCAGAAUCAGUGUAAUGACAAGUGGGAUAAUCUCAUGAGGGAUUUCAAGAAAGUGAGGCAAUAUGAAAGAAGAAUGUCUGAGAAAUUAUUAUUAGCUCAAGGGGAUGACAAUAUUAAUCAAGAAAUAAAGUCUUAUUGGAAGAUGGAGAGGACUGAAAGGAAAGAAAAGAACUUGCCAACUAAUAUGUUGCCAGAAAUUUAUGAAGCAUUGGUUCAAGUUGUGGACAAAAGGGGUCAAAAAGUGCUUGUAGGAGCUAGUGCUUCUUUCAAUCCAAGCACAACUUCUUUGUCUCCCACAUUGCAACAACAAUCCAUUCAACUUCAGAUUGCAACUUUGUCACUCCCACCACCACCACCACCACUACCACCACUUGGACAACAACCACUUAAUCUUCCUUACACUCAACCUUUACCUACAAUGUGUGAUAGCUCAGAUCGUGAUAGAAGUGAGCAUUCAGAUUCAGGAGCAAAGAGGAGAAGAAAAGGAGAAGGAGGAGUAGGAGGAGAAGGGAGCGGCACUAGUGGUAAUAACAUAAACAACUUGCAAGAAGUUGGUUCUGCAAUCUUCAAAAGUGCUGCCAUUAUAGCAGAGACCAUUCAGGCAUCUGAAGAGAGAGAAGAGAGAAGGCACAGAGAAAUAUUGAACUUGCAUGAGAGAAGGCUGCAAAUUGAGGAAUCCAAAGCUGAGAUUAAUAGACAAGGCAUCAAUGGACUUGUUGAUUCUAUCAAUAAACUUGCCAAUUCAAUCCUUUCUUUAGCUGCUAACAACCAACCACCUCCACCUAAAUAGAAUUAUUCUUACCUUCAUUCAUCUACUAAAACACAUAUCCAGAGACCUAGAGACUAAUUAAUCACGAUAUAUUGCUUGUACAUAUAGCUGAUGAAGUAGUCAUUUAUCAUUAAUUAAUUCAUCAUGUAUCUUGUGGAUAAUUAAUAUUCCACGUAAUAUGUCUCUCUCGUGUGUAAUACCGAAUUAAAGGCUUGUUUGCAAUACUAUUCAUUAGUACUCUUUCUAUCA